GGCAGGCAGGAUGGACUGGAUGGGAGACAGUCAGCUUGAAGCCAUUCUGGAGUCCGACGGGGAGUCCUCCGAGGACGGAGACGCGGCGAUGGAUGAAGCCGUUCUCCAGGAGAGGGUCGAAGCCCAGGCGAAGCUGUCUGAGUUUGAGCAAGCCUCGCAGAAGCUGCUGGCCGAGAUGUCGGCCCUGGAGACGGAGUAUGAAAUCGAGAGGUCGUGCCGGGAGCAGGCAGAAGUCUACGCUGCCCAGGUGAGCCAGGAGAACAAGCAGCUGAAGCGCAUCAGCCUGGCACUGAUGCCCAUGCUGGACCAGCUCCCUGGAGACCUGCUGGAUUUGGCCAGCAAAGUGGAGUCCCCGCCGGACGCCGGCCCUGAGCCCCUGCAGCAGCUGCGAGAGCUGCAGGAGAAGAUUUCCACGCUGCUGGGGGAGAAGAAGGAGCUGAGUCUCCAAGUUCAGGAGCUGCAAGGGGAGACCAGAGCGCUCAGGGAGCAGGUCGAAGAGGAGCACGAGGAGCGGAGGUCCCUCCAGGCCGCCCUGGACAGGAGCCAGUGGGCCCUGAAGACGCUCAAGAGAAUGUCCCAGAGGGUCACGCAGGACUACGGCAAUAUACUGCAGCAGCUGGAGCUGGAACAGGACUUACGGCAGCAUGCGGAGGUCUUUGCCCACCAGAUGCUGGUGAAGCAGAAGGAAGCCAACCGGCAGAGCCUGAUCCUGAUGCAGAGCACGGGCCCCAGCGCCCAGCUGCUCAAGGCACUGGAGGAGGUGGCUGCCCUGACGCGGAUGAUGGAGGAGGCCAAGCAGGAGCAUCUGGAGAAGGUGCAAGGUCUGGAGGGGCAGCUGAAGGUCAGACCCCAGCAGGAGCAGCUGGACGCAGCCCAAGCUGCCCUAGCCGGGGCAGAGGAGGAGACCCGCCAGCUGCGCCAGCGGCUGCAGGAGGCCGAGGAGAGGAACGCGGCACUGACCGAGAAAAUUCAGCACUUGGAGGAGAAGCUGGCGGGAGCCCCAGUGAUGGAGCCCAAGGAGCUGGAAGAGGCUCCUGCUCCCCCACCACCACCACCACCCCCACCUCCACCCUUGCCGCCCACAGACCUGUCCACCCCAGCAGAUCCCCUCUUGCUGAUCAAGCAAAGGAAGGGAGUCCGAAAACAGAUGCCCGGGGAGCCCAGGGUGGAUGAUGCCAAAGCCCGCGCCGUGGAUGAAAUGAUGGCCAGGAUCAAGAGUGGGGUGGUGCUGCGGCCGGCGAGGCGGGAUAAGAUGGCGGUGGCCCAGGAUCCCUCCACGACCGCCAACAAGCGCAAGAGCGCUGCGAUGGAGCUGCAAGGGAUCCUGGACACCAUGAAGAAGCCGAGCAGGAAGACGAGCUGGCGGAAGAAGAGCGUGAGGAUCUCCGACAACCAGCUGGAGUCCAUCCUGCAGAGACGGCGCCGUAUGGUGGAUUCAUCCACCGCAGCCCAGGGCUUCGCACCGGAGGCAACAGCAGAGCACAGAAAGGAGAGUCCGGAGCAAGGUGGCACUGCCGUGCCCUGCUCCCGAAAAGGAGAGCAUGGGACCCUCGGCUCUCGCACGCUGCGGCACCCUGCCGAUGCAAUGCCCUUAGCGCCCUGCUCCGCCUGCAUCCUCCCCCUGCGAUCAUGCAACGGCUCAGGUCCUGCUCAGAGGCCAAGGAUGGCUCCGAGAUGCGUGCAGUCAGGGGAACAUCCCAUUCACCUGGGCAUCCCGGCUUACUCCUUCGGUCUCUGGAGAGACUGGGUGAUGCACUCAGAAAUGGGGAGCCACAGCGGACAGUGGCACACGGUUUAUCAUGAUCGUUGCUCCCGGGGGAUCCAGUCUCUCUUCCCAGCACGUGGCUCCUCUCCCGCUGCUGCUGUUCUUUGCUCACGUGCACGGUAGGGAGGGGAGGUCAUCCUCAGAGCACUAUCUUUAUUUUCCAAGCCUGAAGAUAAUUGCACAUGCUUCCAAGGAGCACUGGGUUUCAGAUAAAGAAGAUUGCAGCCUGGAGGGGCACCGGAUGGAGCACAUUCAAAUCUAACCCGCCGGGUCAUUCGUAGGUCCAAAAGAGCUCACUUAGCCGUGUCGAGGCAGCUCCUCUUUGGGAAGACCUGUAUUAUGCUCAGAGAUAUGGCUGGAGCCCAGGUGAACCCACCUAUGUUAGCUUUCAGCAGACUAGUUUGGAUAGCAGUGGAGUUGCGGCAGCCUGGAUUUAGCACAGUCUAGCCCCAGCCGCUAGCACGGGUCUGCUGCAAACGGCGGGCGUGUAGUUAGCUUUGAAACCCAUGGCACGAUGUUUUCCUUACUAGUGUCACCUGUACUGGCUAGUUUAAAGCUAGCUUGGGUAUGCCUCCAUAUGCACCUCUGAUUGCAGACUUGACGUGUCCCUACUCUGCCCACAAGACUUCUAUGCAGAAAAAUAAUGGGAGAGGCCAAAGGGGGGAAUUGUCCCCAAAGAAGGCACUUUGCCAAGAUCUGGCACCCCUCAGAAAUUAGGCAAGGUCAGACCAGAGCACAGACCCAGUGUUAGACCCCAAAGUGGAGCUGGGCUCCUCAGAGGAGCAUCUCCCAGGGGAUGCUAGCAGGACGUGGAUGCCGGUCCGACUUGCAGUGGAUGCUGCUGACUCUCAAUGCAGAAGGAUGAGUGGAGGUGAUCAUAGAAAGGGGGUUUUCCUGCAAAACAGCUGGCUGCAGCAGUGCGGGGGGGUUUCACAUCCUAUAGCAAGACACCCCUCAUUGUAUACAUGAGCCCCGUGUCUUUUUAACUGGACAGUAAGUUAAAUAAAGCGCCAUAAAGAAACAGGAAUUGAGUUUAGAUGGAGGCAUCUCGGUCUCUCUUAUCCCUUCUCUGGCCUUCUUGAGCGUGCCCUCCUGCCUCUCUCCUAGGUUGGCGUGCUGCACGUCUACUCUUAGCCCAAUGCCCUGAAGGUCCUACUGGACUUGAAGGCAUGAGCUUGUGACCAGAGGUGAAUACAAUAACUGAAAGGGGCCUUCUUAAAAUAAAGCACUGAUCAAUCUAAACAGCAGGGGAAAAGCCUAAUUUAAAACAAUAAAAGAUCCAUAUAUCUGACUCCUGUAAUCCUAGGAAGGCUUAUUUUACCCCAACCUCCAAUCCUUUGGGGUCUGGGUGCCAGUUGGCCUGUCUGUCUGUCCCUCCUUCCUUCCUUCCUGUCUUUUUUAACCCAGUCUGAGGUCUUUCUUCUGAUUUCCCUGAGUCUGGUCAGCGGGGUGCCAGAAGCGGACUCCAAAGCAGCUUGCUCUUGCAUUGCUCCCAAAGCGUUUGCAAAGAAGUGACUCUCGGGAUCCAACCCUCGGGGGUUUCCAGCAAACCUCCAUCACAGCCUGCGUUGAACGGCACGGCGCAGCACUGGUAAAGGACUACAGGCAAUUCCAGGUCCAUUAAACGUAGACAGCACUUGACAGGUGUCCAUGUCCUAUGACCCCAGCUGACUUCCUGCACUUUGGGCGGGGGGCUGGACUCGAUGAUCUUCCGAGGUCCCUUCCAGCCCUAAUGUCUAUGAAAUCUAUGAAAUCUAUGUCUCUUGCUAUGUCAUAAAUA